AAAAUCUUGUGACUAUCACGUGAGUUACACGUCGCAAAGUGACAAGGAAAUUAAACUUUCAAUCCUCAGAAUUAUUCAAGAUUCUCGUGACUUUAAUAUUUUUCUCGUGAAAUUAUGACCUUCGUUUCUCAUCGAUACGCGACAUACUUUUUUAUUUACCAUUUACUAACAGGGAAUGGCAUUUUUGCUGUAAUUGAUGGAAAUAUGGCAGAAGUAUUUCAUUCUCCAUUUUUCAGUCAAAACUCAUCACCAAAUCAAACCUUGUUGCCAAGUCAACAUUCAUCUUUUGCACAAAAUGAAAAAAAAAGAAAAACAGACAUAUAUCUUGGCAUGGAUGAGGCAUACUUAAACGUCACUUCUGUUGACCAUAGUGCAAUGAAUGAAACCUAUGAAGUAUAUGGUGUUUCUGAUAAUUGCUAUAAGUGUCCUCUUCAAAAGCUCAAAAUGAUUUCAAACCAGAAGAAGGGAAAGGGGUUCAUCAUAGAUACAAGAUGGCCAUUCAGGCUUCAUGUACAUGCUAGCAGCAACAUCAAUAAGAAUUGCAGCAUAACAUUUCAUUUUGGUGAAUCAGGACAUUAUUUAUUCGAGACUAAAGUUGAUGUCAACAAUUCACUUUGUUGUGCUAUGGUUGUCAUCAAGAAGCCAAAGAAUAGCUUUAUACCAAUCUUUGUUGCUGCUGGUAUUAUGCUUGGUAUUAUGGCAUUUGCCUUGCUUGCCAAUUGGAUACGAAGGAUGUAUCUUAAGAGUUUUCAUGGCGUUCCUUAUUCAAAUUUAAAUUUAUCCUCUUUCAUUUUUAAAGAUCUUGGUCGAGAAAGUCAAACACAAAGUGAUGUCAUAACUCAUCCCACAAAAAAACGAUUAAAAUCCUUAGAUACAUUUCGAGGUUUAUCACUGACCAUCAUGGUGUUUGUAAAUUUUGGUGGUGGAGGUUAUUGGUUUUUUCAACAUUCAAUAUGGAAUGGUGAGCACGUAGUUACAGUGAGGGUCGAUUUGCCCUUCCAAGUCAAACUUCUGAUUGUUGAUGACGUCAUGCUUUUAUUUUUGUCUACAGGUCUUACUGUCGCUGACCUCGUUUUUCCCUGGUUUAUAUUCAUAAUGGGUGUUUCGCUGGCCGUCUCAUUUAGCAGCUUACGACAAAAGAAUAUCCCAAAAUCUCGUAUAUUUAUUAAAAUCGUUCGACGUUCAUUAAUUCUGUUUGCUCUUGGUCUGUUAAUGAAUAAAGGCACUGACCUGAGCUCAUUUCGUAUUCCUGGAGUGCUACAAAGAUUUGCUAUCUCGUACUUCGUCGUUGCAUCAUCGGAGUUAUGGUUACAUUAUCCAAUUGACGACUCAUACUCGACCGCUUGGUGGUUUAUGCUUCGAGAAAUUGUUGAGUUGUGGAUUCAGUGGAUUCUAAUGAUUUGUAUAAUAACAUUGUACUGCGUUUUAACAUAUCUUGUUAACGUUCCUAACUGUCCAAGGGGAUAUGUGGGACCUGGAGGGAUCGGUGAAGGAUAUCCUACCUAUGAGAACUGUACUGGUGGAAUGGCUGGGUACAUUGAUAGAUCAUUUUUUGGAAAGAGUCAUAUUUAUCAACAUCCAACGUCUAUGAAAUUAUACUUAAACACAAUUCCUUACGACCCCGAGGGAGCAUUGGGCUCACUGACCUCUAUAUUUUUAACAUUCUUGGGUCUACAAGCUGGAAAAAUCCUGUUAAACUAUACCGAACAUUUUGAACGAGAGCGAAGACUUAUUUCAUAUGGUCUUAUUUUGGGAUUCAUUGCUAUUGGUUUAUGUGGUGCAUCUAAAAACGACGGUCUUAUUCCGAUUAACAAAAAUUUAUGGUCCUUGUCUUUUGUAAUUGCUAACGGAUCAUCGGCGUUUAUCUUGUUGACUAUCUGUUAUGUUCUUAUUGACGAUAGAAAGAUAUGGCAUGGUUCACCAUUUGUAUUUCCAGGGAUGAAUUCAAUCUUGGUUUAUUGUGGUCACGAAAUUCUCACGUUUUAUUUUCCUUUUAAUUGGGAGUUGGAUAAACCAACUCACAGCAAGAAGCUUGCUAUGAACUUGUGGGGUGCUAGUUGUUGGGUGAUUAUUGCUUACUACUUAUAUAAAAUUAACUUUUUUGUAAAAAUUUAGUUAUGUAUUCACACUACGGUAUAAUUAACCUAGCUUAACCUUAGUUUAUUGGGCUGGGAGCAGAAAUACUCGUUGUGAAAAGAAAAACCAUUGAACGUGUUUGUUUAAGCAUUGCCGUAGAUGUGCUUGAAACUACGUUCUUUCUCACACUAGAUGCAAUCAUCUUUUUGUCUUGAACGACGUAAGUAUUUUUGCUCGGGACUAACUUAUAAUUUAAACAGACGAAAAAUUAUUUUAAUUUUUGGUGUUAAAUUUUUUAAGCAAAUAAUCUGAAUUUGUGUGCUCAAAA